UACUGUGUGUUUAGUCGCAUUGUGUCGUUGUUGGCGGUGUUUGGUGCGAAGACGGACGUCGAGAGCGCGUCCAUUUUUGUUUUUAAGACGUCAGUUUGUCCCUGUCGUCCCUCCUGACAAAGUUUAGCACGUUUGCGGGUGGUUAGCAUAGUUAGCAGGAGGAUUCAGUGAACUGCAGGCAUCUCCCAUCAUGCAGGAGGAUAUAAGCACCGUGAUGUCCUGGUUUUCCAGCCCCGUGUACAGCCGCUACUGGCAGCACUACCAGCAGGCGAUGGCCUGGCACCAAAGACACAGGCGUGCCUACAGAAAGGCCUUGGAGGCCGCCUACGGCCCCGGCUUCUGCCAGGAGCAGCAUCCCAGCACCCACCGGCGCUACGCAGACUGGCACGCUGGAGAUAACAAGCGCGAAGAUGAAGAGGAUGGAGACGGGGGAGAGGAGGAGAGCAGCUCGGACAGUGAUAUUGAGUGCGACGUCAGCAACAUGGAGAUCAGUGAGGAGCUUCGGCAGUACUUCGCCCAGACCGAGAAACACAGAGAGGAGCUGAAAAAGCAGCAGCAGAUAGAGGCUGAGCAGCAUGACAGCUACGUGCCGGCUGACCAGGACCUGCACGGCGUCUCCUGGCGAAGCAGCUUAGGUCCUCCCUGUGAGCGACCUGGCGAGAGACGAGGAGCCGAGAUGAAGAAACUGUACGGCAAGGACGCGCCUAAGAUCAUAGCCAUGGAGACGGCAAUGCAGCUCACUUUCGACAGAAACUGUGACCUCAAAAAGCCCAAGUACUGGCCCGUUAUCCCGCUGAAACUGUAACAGAGCUGUUGAUUUAGAGGAAAUCCCUGCCCUGAUCUCUGGGUGAGACGGCGGCUUUGUCGUGUAAUGGAUGGCGGCUGUCGACGCUGCUGUUGUAGAACUAAUGGCCGGGGUUAGCUGAGGGUUAGAAGUUAUUUAAAGCACAAAAAAAUGUUGCAUGAAUUAGCGAAGUUCCUGCUCAGCCAGACAUGAAUGUCACUGACCUGUCAGCUGCUGCUCCACAUGACAACUUAUGAUUUUAUACCACACAUAUUGUCAGAGUUAUUUUUACAGCAGAGUCACAUCCAGCAGAUUACAUAGUUCCUUGUAGUCCUUUCAAUGCAAAAAGAAUGAGGGUCAGAAGUACAGUAAUACCGGCGCCAUACAUGUAGGUGAUGUAAAUAUAUUCAAACAACAUGUGCCUGCAUGUUUCCACCUAAUCUGUUUUUGUUUACCCUGGAGCUUCCUGAUGUUACAUGCUGCAGUAGCUCCUCUUGUGCCUGUCAACUUAGUUUAGCCACAAAAACACUGUCAACCCCCCCCGCCGUCCUCCUCCGCUCAAAUUUAGAAGCCUUCCCGCAUGGCUGCUUCUGAUAUUCCACUUUUGAACACACACACGGAGCGAUUUGUUGUUGCUGCUCCUAAACUGUGCCUCUCUGAUUCAUCAGACGUUUCAUCACGUUCAAAGCGGCUCGCGUGGUUCCUCGGGAGGGACGUCGACUAUUCUUUUUUAUCUGGUGCUCGAACCACCCUGCAUCCUUUUUAUUAUUAUUACUUUUUUUAAUGCUUGGGAUGUGUGUUUUAAUAUAAAUUCUGUAUUAAUAAAGUAUUUUAUGUUGUAUGUAUAAACCUGCUUUGUUAGUAGUGAUGUCUUCAUCACCACUCUGUGUAACGGCUGUUGAUUACAUAACUACUACUAAGCUUACGGGCAAGACAAUUCUACAUUCACGGUGUUUAAUGAAGCUUAUUUACACUUGAUUACUAGAAUAAAAGAUUCACUUUGA